AUGGUCAAACUCCUCGUCCAGAUUGGAAUGGAGCGCGAGGGCGUGACGGACAUUGUCCCCGAGGACGGGUACGAGUUCUUCUUCAAUGUAACAUGCACCUCGUGCCGUGAGGAACACCCCAAGGCCAUCUCGUUCAACCAGACCGAGGUACACGAGCUGAGUGGAUCGCGCGGUAGCGCAAACUUUGUUUGGCGCUGUGGCAACUGCAAGCGUGAACAAAGUUGUUCCUUUGCCCCACCUGUGGCAAAGAGCAUUGCUCCCCUCCCUUACUCUGCGGAGAACGGGCAGCUCGCCCCGUUCGUUGCGCUCGACUGCCGCGGCCUAGAGGUCACAAAGUUCCACUUUAGGGGUACGUGGAAGGCUGUUGGCGAGGAGAGUGGGGCCAAGUUUGAGGUCGACCUGGAUGAAGGUGAGGAUAGGUGGGACGAUUAUGAUGAGGGCGCAGGAGUGCCCGUGUCGAUUAGCGAGUUCCGGAGCGAGGUUAGGCGCGCUUAG